AUGAAGAAUUUUGGAUAUAUACAGGAUAAUGCGAAUCACACUUUGUUCUUGAAGCGUGAUGGAAGAAGACUUAUUGCAUUGAUUGUUUAUAUGGAUGACAUAGCCAUAACUGGAAACGACACAGAAGAGCAACUGAAACUGCAGAAGUAUUUGUCUCAGGAAUUUGAAAUGAAGAAUUUAGGUGAUCUAAAGUACUUUCUUGGAAUUGAAGUAGCAAGGUCCACAACUGGUAUAUUUAUGUCCCAAAGGAAGUAUGUAUUAGAUCUACUCACUGAAACAGGAAUGCUUGGAUGUAAGCCUGCUGACACACCCAUUGAGAUGAAUCACAAGAAUGCAGUUGAUCGGAUCUUAAGGUACUUAAAGUUAGCCCUUGGGAAAGGAUUAAUGUUCUCAAACAAUAGAGAUCUUGAAGUUGUUGGAUAUACAGAUACUGAUUGGGCUGGCUCCAUUACUGAUAGACGCUCUACUUUAGGUUACUUCACUUUUGUGGGAGGUAACCUAGUCACUUGGCGGAGUAAAAAACAAAAUGUGGUUUCUUGGUCUAGUGCUGAAGUAGAGUAUUGA